AUGGAUGGAUUAUUGCUGAGUGUCUAUAAGAACAAACACGAGACCCUGACUAAGGAGCUGGAACUGGCUAAACAUCACAUGGAGAACAAACAGCCGGUCAACUUCCUGAUGGAUGUUGCAGUCCUCCAGCAAAAAUUGACGGACCUGCAGAAGUCCCAGGAGACCUGUGAUGUCCUAUUCCCCCACACCUCCCUGUCCAAGUGUGUAGACUUCAGACCUGCCUUACAGACACUGCAGGGCAUGGAGCUCUCACAUGACUCGAGCAGUGCAGAGCUGACCAUCCGUGCCUCCAUCAGCCUGGUGGACUUCAGCACGGGGCCGGUGGGGAAGAGACGCUACAGCUCAGCCGUGGUGUGGCAGGCACUAGAGUGGAGACUUCUGAUAGAAAACAAGCUGUCUGCAGGGGACGGUGGGCAGAGGAGAUUCCUCUCCGUGUUCCUACAGUGUUUGGGUAGAACAGAUGGCCAGGGUGCCUGGUCUUUGACUGUAGCAACACAGCUUCGAAUUCUUCCACAAGAAGCGCGAGGCCAGAUGUUCCAGAAAUGGUUAAGACAUCGAUAUGAUGCACAGCACGCUAACAAAGGAUGGUCAGAAUUCAUCGCACUUCAGGAGCUGGAGAAGCCAGGUUGUGGACUGGUCAAUGAUGGACGGGUCAUCUUGGAAGCCUUCGUCAAACUCUGAGUGAUAAGGAUAA